AUGUUUCCGCGUUUUUUUGAGAAAGAUGCUUUCUUACCGAUACGUCAACGUUUAAUAAAUUUCUAUGAAUUAGUCGAAGAAAAAAUAAGAAAAUUUAAUCUAUUUGAACCUUAUCCACCACAUCUUAAUGAAGAGCGUCGAUAUUAUGAAUUAUUAUCAACACGUUUUUAUAUACUAAUAUUGAUUUUAUCACUAAUUAUUCUUGUUUUAUAUAUAUCAGUUAUUGAUCAUACACAAACAGUUAUAAUUAAAUCACCAACAUUAAAACAAUAUACACUAUUAUAUGAGCAACAUUCAUCAACAUUAUUAUGUGGAUGUACAAAAAUAUCUAUUUUAUAUUCAAAAUUUUUACAAUUAUUACCGGAACGUCAUGAAAUAUGUACAAGUCAAUAUGUUACUGACGAAUGGAUACAAUAUAUUCGUUUACAUAUAUAUUCAGAUGAUUUAAACCGCUUUACGGAUGAGUUUCGCGGAACAGCAAUUAAUUUAUUCCAAAUGUUAACAACAUUAUGUGAAUCUACAAAUAGAACAAUACAAAAUAGUUUAUCAAUCUAUUAUUCAACCGAAUAUAUUAACGAUAAAUUAAUUAAUCAACAAUUAUUUGAAGCAACUAUUGAUUCAUCUAUUCAAUUAUUUAUAUCAUCAAUCAUAAAUACAUAUACACAUUCGUUACAAUUAAUACGUGAUACAACACAAUCAAAUGGAUUAGUAGCAAGUAAUUUAAUAUUAUAUUAUUAUUAUCAACAGCAAACUAUUGUCGAUCGAUACAGGUUUAAUUAUUCUUACUAUAAUAAUACAAAUCAAACAUGUUCAUGUACAAAUACAAAUCAAUGUGUUAAACAAAUAGAAUUAUAUAGUUAUUUAGAUCCAAUUAAUAUUAAUAUGGUAGUAAAUGGUUUGUAUAUGGGUUGCUAUAUACUUGAAUCAUUGUUACAAUCAACAUUAGAAUGUUUUUAUUCUCAACAAUGCUUUAAUCAAUUGAAUAUAAUAUUAGAGCCAGAUUAUUAUUUAGAUACUCCAAUUUCAUUACUAAAUUCAUCGAUACUGAUUAAUUUUCGGCCACAAUCAACCAUAGACGAACUUUUAUCACAAUUAAUGGUCGACCAAUGGACUUCAUUAGUGUCAUAUGAAACUUAUUUUAAUGAAUGCCAACCAAAUCAAUGUCAAUAUACAUAUACUGAAAAAUUUGAUAUUUUUUAUACAAUAACAGCGAUAUUAGGUAUCGUUGGAGGUUUGAAAACUGUUUUAUCAUUUCUAAUACCAAAUUUUAUAAUAAAACCAACUCUUUAUCUACUACCACUGAUUACAAACCGUUGUAGAAAACCGAAACUACGACAAACAAAUCAAGUUCAACCCUUUGAAAAUAAUGCAGAUAAUAUUUUUCUUGACAAUGAACCAGUAACUUCAUUAAGAAAAAUACAAGCAACAACGAAAACAACAGAUGACAUUUUAACAACAACAAUAACGAGUCCCUUAACAACAACCAAAUCAACUGGUAAUUGUACUUCUUCCUUCUCUUAUCAGCGUGAUUGGAAUCGAACUGGUCAGAGAGUUGCUGGUUCAUCUCUUGGUACAAUUGGUUCAUCAUUAAAAUAUCUUUCUGAUCCGAGUGAUAUGACUAUCGUUAAUAAAUUUGAUUUAUAUAUUAGUGACAGUGCAAAUAAUAGGAUUGUUAAAUGGAAGUUAAAUAAUUCAUCAUUAAAUGAAGGUGAAUUAGUAAUUGGUAGAAUUGAUUGUUUAGCUGGAAAUUCAUCAACUGAAUUAAACUAUCCAUAUGGUAUGACUUUUGAUGAAAUAAAUCAACAAUUAUAUGUAGCUGAUUCAUUCAAUUAUCGUGUACUACGAUAUAAUUUAAAUCAAACAUCAUUCCCUCUUAGUGGUACAACAAUUAUCGAUCGAUCGCAGCAUAUAUUGAGCUCUGAUGUUGGCAAUUUUUAUUAUAUAUAUUAUGAUCAUAUUAAUAAUGAUUUAUAUUUAUUAGAAACACAGAAUGGUAGUGUAUUAUUAUACAAAAAUAUAACAAGUGAUAGUCAUACACAAUCACAAUCACUAUCAAUAGCUAUCGUAGGACAACAACAAAAACAUCGAAUUAUAACACAAGAUCAUCCACCGAUUUAUCAAAGUGCUUAUCGUGCCCCUGAACCCAUUAAACAACAACAGAAAGAAUUAACUGAUGAAAUGGAAAGAAAUGGUCAAAUUAGCCGAUCUCACUCAUCAUGGGCAUCCCCAGUGUUACUAGUGAAGAAGCAUGAUGGUAGUCCCAGAUUUGUUGUUGACUAUCGCAAAUUGAAUUCUAUUACUAUUCGAGACAGUUAUCUACUCCCUCGUAUGGAUGAUACUAUUAAUCAAUUAGCCGGAUCCAGAUACUAUUCAAAAUUAGAUUUAAAGAGCGGUUAUCACCAGAUCCCCAUUGAUUCUUGGGAUAGGAAUAAAACUGCUUUUAUGAUAUCAUAUGGACUAUUUGAAUUCAAUGUAUUGCCACAGGGCUUAAUCAACGGUCCACCUAUUUUUCAACGAAUUAUGAAUGAAGUAUUAGGAAAUUUAUUGGGACAUCAUUGUUUAGUCUACCUUGAUGAUAUUAUUAUUUAUUCGGAAACUAUUCGUGAUCAUAUUAAAGAUGUUCAUGCUGUGUUGUAUGCAUUAAAUAGUCAUGAAAUUAAUCAUCAAGGUUAUAGUCCAUUGAAGAACAACAUCCAAGAAGUUAUUGAUAUACCAGCACCAACAACAUAUGAUGCAGCUCACCAAUUUUAUGGCAUGGCUAACUAUUAUCGUUCAUUUGUUAAAAAUUUUGCUAAAGUUGCAUAUCCAUUAUUGAGAUUUCAAGCAAAAAAAGGUGAAUUUCCAUUACCAAAUGUUUCGUUCAUUUUAGCAACAGACGCAUCAUCAAAACAUGGUAUUGGUGUAACAUUGAAACAGAAAGUUGGCAAAAAUGAACACGUAAUUGUAUAUUUAUCUCAAAAUCUGAAUAAAAUUGAACGAAAUUGGGGUGUUACAGAACAAGAAUGUUGGGGCAAUUGUUUGGGCAGUGAAGAAAUUGCGAAUUUACUUGUAUGGCACAAAGUUUACUGUUAUUACAGACCAUCAUCCUUUAUACUGGCUCAACAAACACAAAUCUGGAAA